AUGGAGGCCGCUCCGCAGCCCCGGCCCGGCGGGGCCGCCGCCGCCCCGCCGCCGCCCCCGGAGCAGGAGCGGAAGCUGGAGCAGGAGAAGCUGUCGGGGGUGGUGAAGAGCGUCCACCGGCGGCUGCGCAAGAAGUACCGGGAAGUGGGAGACUUUGAUAAGAUCUGGCGUGAGCACUGUGAGGAUGAGGAAACGCUGUGUGAAUAUGCUGUGGCAAUGAAAAACCUUGCAGAUAAUCACUGGGCAAAAACUUGUGAAGGGGAAGGCCGAAUUGAAUGGUGUUGCAGUGUCUGCCGAGAAUAUUUUCAGAAUGGUGGAAAAAGAAAAGCACUUGAGAAAGAUGAAAAAAGAGCACUUCUUGCUUCUAAAACCACUCCAGCUUUAAAUGUUCCUCAGACUCCCAAGAUUGAAGAUCCUUUGCCAAACUUUGGCUUGACAAAUCAUGAAGCUGUGACAGAAGAGUUCCUUCACUCCCUGGGGAAGAUCAGAUUACUUGAUGUUGGUAGCUGCUUUAAUCCAUUUCUGAAGUUUGAAGAAUUUCUGACAGUUGGCAUAGACAUUGUUCCAGCUGUUGAGAGCGUAUACAAAUGUGACUUCCUAAAUCUUCAAAUUCAGCAACCUCUUCAACUGGCACAAGAUGCUAUAGAUGCCUUUCUUAAGCAACUGAAAAAUCCCAUUGAUUCUCUACCUGGAGAACUGUUCCACGUUGUCGUUUUCUCACUCCUUCUUUCUUACUUUCCAUCACCCUAUCAACGAUGGAUAUGCUGCAAGAAGGCACAUGAACUUCUGGUAUUAAAUGGCUUAUUGCUUGUAAUAACUCCUGAUUCAUCUCAUCAGAAUCGCCGGGCCAUGAUGAUGAAAAGCUGGAAAAUUGCCAUAGAGUCCUUGGGUUUUAAACGCUUCAAGUAUUCCAAGUUUUCUCACAUGCACCUGAUGGCAUUUAGGAAAACUUCCCUGCAAACAACAAGUGACUUAGUUAGCAGGAACUACCCAGGGAUGUUGUAUAUCCCACAGGAUUUCAACAGUAUAGAGGAUGAGGAGUACUCCAGCACUGCCUGCUACGUUCGCUCAGACACAGAGGAUGAACAGCUAGCUUACGGUUUUAUGGAGCUGCCUGAUGCUCCCUAUGACUCAGACUCUGGAGAAAGCCAGUCUAGUUCUAUUCCUUUCUAUGAGCUAGAAGAUCCUAUAUUGCUUCUGAGUUAAUGUAGUCGUUGAAAUGCCCUUUCACUCAAACUUCUUGCUUAACUAAUUUUGCUAUACUAACGUGGGCUCAACACAGAAAAAAUGGUUUGCAUAAAGAAAAUGCAAAGGUUUACAGAGUUUGCUAUUUUUUUCUACUUUGAAUUUUAAAAUUUAUUCUUGUAUGAAAGUGAAAAAAUACAAGUUUUAUGCAAAUGACUCAUGUCAUAGCAUAAAUUGCUGUUACUUUCUUUAGAUUUGUAUCACUAUUUUUUUUUUCCAGAAAGGUACCAUUCUUUUCUUUAGUGCUGUGAAGUGUGAAUUCUAUUUAAUUUGUUAAAUGUUGUUUCAGUAUUUUAACUCAAUGUGGUUGAGCUUAAGGCACUGGAGUUGGUGGGCUUCUGAGAAGUAUAUGUAGGAAGAAAUAAUUUGCACUUUAAUUAAAUGUGCAGAUAGGUUAAGACACUUGAUUGCAAAUGUCCUUUCUUAAUUAUGGAACAAAACUUUUUUUCUUCCAAAAUUUAUUUCACUCUGGUUAAGCCUGGGCUGAAGAAACAAUAAUGCUUGCACAUUUGACUUUAUGUUUAUUGCAGCCCUUGUGACGUGACACCAAAACACUGGAAUAUAUGCAUCCAUAGUUCUACAUACUGUGUAAUUUCAUUGCAUAAAUAGCAAUUUCUGAAGAGGCUUUUCCCCCAGAGGAGUAUGGUACGUCUAGACAAUUAUGUUUCACUUCAAAGCUGGAAUAUGUUUUGCAGUUUUAUGAGUAUACAAGCACUAAUGUGUAUCAGUAUUUGCCCAGCUAUGGUGUUCUGUAUUCUUUUCCAACUGGGUUUUUUGGGGGACAGAGUGGGUUUUGUCUUUUUUUAAAAGUAAAUUAUUUAUGCAUUUUAAAAAGAAACAGCUUUUUCAUGAACUGUCCUUAUUUGUAGACCUAAGUUAGCCAGGGUCUACAAACUGAUUUUGUAAGAAGGAACAUAACUCUACAGGUUUUUCAAGGAUACACAUAUUUGCAUAAAGCCAUGUAAUUCAGACCACACACAAGAAUUUAACACAUGCUUUUUGUUUGCUUAUUAGGACCCAGCUGACUUCUGUUCAGUUAAAUAAAAACUCCAUAGCUGACUGAAAAUUGGUCUGCACUGUAAAGAGAUUAAACAUCCAUUUUUACAUCUAUUAAGUUUUUAACUUGUGUAGUGAACCUGUGAAUUUUUGCAGGAAAAAUAAAUUCUGUUCAGUGGUUAAAAAAGAGGAUUCAUUAUUAGUUUAGCUUAGGUUUUCCUCCAUUUAAAAAUAAUGGCCAGAAUUUUCAGAUUUGGAUGUUAGGCUCUUAAAUCUAUAUGUAAGUGCCUAGUUGUAAAUGAUUAUAACUAGGUGCCAGAUCAUGAUUUAUUUUGGACUUCUGAAAAUUGGUAAAAAAAUACUAAUACAGUUUCUCAGGCUAUUAUGAUCUUACAAGAUGAAAUAUCUUCCAUUAAACUGCCACCUUUUAUUUAUAAUAUGAAAGUUGCUAGAUAAAUUGAAGUUGUAGUGUGGGGUUUACAUUGCUACAAAAA